CAGUCGGUGAAGAGUGGAGGUAAACAUGGUCCUGCAGCUCAGUGCGUGGUAGCAGUGCUUAUCAUUAUGGCAAGUUAACUUCAAGCUUUGGAAAGAAAUCAACUAAGUCUUAUUCAAGGUCAGGCGUUGAACAGCCUUGAAUGUGCUUUUAUAACUAUGCCUGGCCAUAAAAGGAGCCUCUCUGCAAACCUUGAACUUGAGGAUGAUGACAAUGGAGGUGUGCUCGUAUCCAAAAUUAAACCUGAUCUAAAAGAACAUCAGGGACUAAAAGAAGGAGAUGAACUCGUUGGUGCCACAAUUCACUUUGACCACCUAAAAAAGAAUGAAGUGAUUGAAAUACUGAAGCUGAUUGAACCGUACCAAGACAAGGUGGAAGUGCUGACAAAACCAGGUCUGAGAGCUACCAAGAGCUUGGACUUAGAUAGCAGAAUCAAAGCUCCAGAUGAGAUGCGUAAGGAUACAUACAGUACCCUUUUCAAUGCCAAAGUCAAGAAAUUUCUGAAAGAAGAUCCAAAUGGAAGAAAUCAAGACGAUGCAACCAGUUAUCCAAAUGGCCAAGCCACAUUCUCGGGUUUCAGCAAUGAUGGGACAAAAAGUCACAUCAAGGAGCCUUUAUAUAGCAUCUCAACCAUAGAGCGCAAAAAGGCAGAUGUAGCAGCUUGCCUUCAAAAAUUAAAAUGCAAAGCUCCAGAACUCAAUCCCGAUGCUGUUUCACAAUAUGAAUACAACUCUGCUUUACUGCUGCAAGGUUCUGAUCUGCAUGGGGCAGGUGAGGUUAAAGCCCCUGAACUUAACCCUGAUGCACCAGAAGAUUAUGAAUAUAAUGCAGACUUGUUUCUAAAGCUAUCCAAUCAACCAGAGACAGAUGAGUGUAGGGUUAAAGCCCCUGAGCUUAACAUUGAUGCAACCUCCGAAUAUGACUAUAACCCACAAUGCCUUCUCCAAAGAAAAGAUUGUGACAAAGGAGCAAGCUUAAAGGCACCAAAGGUCAGAACAACUGUUGAUCCAUCAAGUAUCAGUGUUUCUGGCUUGAUGUCUGGGUCAACACUAUCAGGAGCUUUACCUGGAGCACCAGGUGUUAAAGACUUUACCAAGCCUGAUUUAAAAGGUCCAAAUCUAAAAGCAAAUUCUCCUGAAAUGGCUGUGUCAGACAUAAAUUUGGCCUUCCCUGAAGUUGAUAUGAAAGGGAAGGUUGAUAUGAAAGGUUCACUAGAUAUGAACUCGCCUGACAUUAAUAUUGAUGGUGCAACAGGACAAUUCAAAAUGCCCAAACUGAAAACACCAAAAUUUAACAUCUCAGGAUUUAAAAGACCAGAUAUGGAUGUUAAUGGGGACUUGGAUGGGCCAGAUUUGGGUUUCUCAUCACCCAAUUUGGAUGCCGACAUUGGUGCUCCUGACAUUAAUGUCAGUGGGCCUAAAGCAAGCUUAAAAGGCCCCAAAACAGACUUCUCAGUCCCAGAUGUUGAGUUACCCUCAGGAAAAGUGAAUAUGCCCAAGUUUAAGGUGCCUGAUUUUGGGCUCUCAGGACCUAAAGUUAAAGCACCUGAGAUGGAUCUCUCAGCUCCUAAAAUAAAAGGAGAAUUGAAUUCACCACAGCUUGACCUGAACUCUCCUGACAUUGAUAUUGAUGGUCCAUCAGGCAAACUCAAAAUGCCCACAUUAAAAGCACCUAAAAUUACCAUCCCAAAACUUAAAGGACCAGACAUGGAUGUUAAAGGAGACUGGGAUGGGCCAGAUUUUAAUCUGUCAUCACCCAAAUUGAAUGCAGGGAUUACUACACCUGACAUUGACAUCAAUGGUCCCAAUGCUAGUUUAAAAGGUCCCAAAACAGACUUCUCAGUCCCAGACGUGAACUUACCAUCAGGCAAAAUGAAGAAACCCAAGUUUAAGAUGCCUGAUUUUGGACUAUCCGGACCUAAAGUUAAAGCACCUGAGAUGGAUCUCUCAGCUCCUAAAAUAAAAGGAGAAUUGAAUUCACCACAGCUUGACCUGAAUUCUCCUGACAUUGAUAUUGAUGGUCCAUCAGGCAAACUCAAAAUGCCCACAUUAAAAGCACCUAAAAUGACCAUCCCAAAACUUAAAGGACCAGACAUGGAUGUUAAAGGAGACUGGGAUGGGCCAGAUUUUAAUCUUUCAUCACCCAAAUUGAAUGCAGGGAUUACUACACCUGACACUGACAUCAAUGGUCCCAAUGCUAGUUUAAAAGGUCCCAAUACAGACUUCUCAGUCCCAGACGUGAACUUACCAUCAGGCAAAAUAAAGAAACCCAAGUUUAAGAUGCCUGAUUUUGGACUAUCAGGACCUAAAGUUAAAGCACCUGAGAUGGAUCUCUCAGCUCCUAAAAUAAAAGGAGAAAUUAAUUCACCAAAGCUAGAUUUAAAAUCUCCUGACAUUGAUAUUGAUGGUCCAUCAGGCAAACUCAAAAUGCCCACAUUGAAAGCACCUAAAAUUAGCAUUCCAAAACUUAAAGGACCAGACAUGGAUGUUAAAGGAGACUGGGAUGGGCCAGAUUUGAAUCUGUCUUCACCUAAAUUGAAUGCAGACAUUGGCUUUCCUGACAUUGACAUCAAUGGUCCCAAUGCUAAUUUAAAAGGUCCCAAGACAGACUUCUCAGUCCCAGACGUGAACUUACCAUCAGGCAAAAUGAGCAUGCCCAAGUUUAAGAUGCCGGAUUUUGGACUCUCAGGACCUAAAGUUAAGGCACCUGAGAUGGAUCUCUCAGCUCCUAAAAUUAAAGGAGAAGUCAAUGCACCAGGCCUUGCCAUGAAUGCUCCUGAUAUUGAUAUUGACGGUCCAUCAGGCAAACUCAAAAUGCCCACAUUGAAAGCCCCUAAAAUUAGCAUUCCAAAACUUAAAGGACCAGACAUGGAUGUUAAAGGAGACUGGGAUGGGCCAGAUUUUAAUCUAUCAUCACCCAAAUUGAAUGCAGACAUUGGUUCUCCUGAUAUUGACAUCAAUGGUCCCAAUGCUAGUUUAAAAGGUCCCAAAACAGACUUCUCAGUCCCAGACAUAAACUUACCAUCAGGCAAAAUGAAGAAACCCAAGUUUAAGAUGCCUGAUUUUGGACUCUCAGGACCUAAAGUUAAGGCACCUGAGAUGAGAUUAAAAGCACCUAAAAUUAGCAUUCCAAAACUUAAAGGACCGGAAAUGGAUGUUAAAGGAGACUGGGAUGGGCCAGAUUUUAAUUUGUCAUCACCCAAACUGAAUGCAGGAAUUACUACACCUGACAUUGACAUCAAUGGUCCCAAUGCUAAUUUAAAAGGUCCCAAAACAGACUUCUCAGUCCCAGAUGUUAACUUACCAUCAGGCAAAAUGAAGAAACCCAAGUUUAAGAUGCCUGAUUUUGGACUCUCUGGACCUAAAGUUAAGGCACCUGAGAUGGAUCUCUCAGCUCCUAAAACAAAAGGAGAAUUUAAUUCACCACAGCUUGACCUGAACUCUCCUGACAUUGAUAUUGACGGUCCAUCAGGCAAACUCAAAAUGCCCACAUUAAAAGCACCUAAAAUUAGCAUUCCAAAACUUAAAGGACCGGAAAUGGAUGUUAAAGGAGACUGGGAUGGGCCAGAUUUUAAUUUGUCAUCACCCAAACUGAAUGCAGACAUUGGUUCUCCCGACAUUGACAUCAAUGGUCCCAAUGCUAGUUUAAAAGGUCACAAAACAGACUUCUCAGUCCCAAACGUGAACUUACCAUCAGGCAAAAUGAAGAAACCCAAGUUUAAGAUGCCUGAUUUUGGAAUCUCAGGACCUAAAUUUAAAGCACCUGACAUGGAUUUCUCUGCUCCUAAAAUAAAAGGAGAAGUCAAUGCACCAGGGCUUGACUUAAAUUCUCCUGACAUUGAUAUUGAUGGUCCAUCAGGCAAACUCAAAAUGCCAACAUUAAAAGCACCUAAAAUUAGCAUUCCAAAACUUAAAGGACCGGAAAUGGAUGUUAAAGGAGACUGGGAUGGGCCAGAUUUUAAUUUGUCAUCACCCAAACUGAAUGCAGGAAUUACUACAUCUGACAUUGACAUCAAUGGUCCCAAUGCAAAUUUAAAAGGUCCCAAAACAGACUUCUCAGUCCCAGAUGUUAACUUACCAUCAGGCAAAAUGAAGAAACCCAAGUUUAAGAUGCCUGAUUUUGGACUCUCGGGACCUAAAGUUAAGGCACCUGAGAUGGAUCUCUCAGCUCCUAAAAUAAAAGGAGAAUUUAAUUCACCACAGCUUGACCUGAACUCUCCUGACAUUGAUAUUGAUGGUCCAUCAGGCAAACUCAAAAUGCCCACCUUGAAAGCCCCUAAAAUUAGCAUUCCAAAACUUAAAGGACAAGACAUGGAUGUUAAAGGAGACUGGGAUGGGCCAGAUCUGAAUCUGUCUUCACCUAAAUUGAAUGCAGACAUUGGUUCUCCCGACAUUGACAUCAAUGGUCCCAAUGCUAGUUUAAAAGGUCCCAAAACAGACUUCUCAGUCCCAGACAUAAACUUACCAUCAGGCAAAAUGAAGAAACCCAAGUUUAAGAUGCCUGAUUUUGGACUUUCAGGACCUAAAGUUAAGGCACCUGAGAUGGAUCUCUCAGCUCCUAAAAUAAAAGAAUUUAAUUCACCACAGCUUGACCUAAACUCUCCUGACAUUGAUAUUGACGGUCCAUCAGGCAAACUCAAAAAUCCCACAUUAAAAGCACCUAAAAUUAGCAUUCCAAAACUUAAAGGACCGGAAAUGGAUGUUAAAGGAGACUGGGAUGAGCCAGAUUUUAAUUUGUCAUCACCCAACCUGAAUGCAGGAAUUACUACACCUGACAUUGACAUCAAUGGUCCCAAUGCUAAUUUAAAAGGUCCCAAAACAGACUUCUCAGUCCCAGAUGUUAACUUACCAUCAGGCAAAAUGAAGAAACCCAAGUUUAAGAUGCCUGAUUUUGGACUCUUGGGACCUAAAGUCAAAGCACCUGAGAUGGAUCUUUCAGCUCCUAAAAUAAAAGGAGAAUUUAAUUCACCACAGCUCGACCUGAAUUCUCCUGACAUUGAUAUUGAUGGUCCAUCAGGCAAACUCAAAAUGCCCACAUUGAAAGCCCCUAAAAUUAGCAUUCCAAAACUUAAAGGACCAGACAUGGAUGUUAAAGGAGACUGGGAUGGGCCAGAUUUUAAUUUGUCAUCACCCAAACUGAAUGCAGACAUUGGUUCUCCCGACAUUGACAUCAAUGGUCCCAAUGCUAGUUUAAAAGGUCCCAAAACAGACUUCUUAGUCCCAGACGUGAACUUACCAUCAGGCAAAAUGAGCAUGCCCAAGUUUAAGGUGCCUGAUUUUGGAAUCUCAGGACCUAAAGUUAAAGCACCUGACAUGGAUUUCUCUGCUCCUAAAAUAAAAGGAGAAGUCAAUGCACCAGGGCUUGACUUAAAUUCUCCUGACAUUGAUAUUGAUGGUCCAUCAGGCAAACUCAAAAUGCCAACAUUAAAAGCACCUAAAAUUAGCAUUCCAAAACUUAAAGGACCGGGCAUAGAUGUUAAAGGAGACUGGGAUGGGCCAGAUUUUAAUUUGUCAUCACCCAAACUGAAUGCAGAAAUUACUACACCUGAAAUUGACCUCAAUGGUCCCAAUGCUAAUUUAAAAGGUCCCAAAACAGACUUCUCAGUCCCAGACGUGAACUUACCAUCAGGCAAAAUCAAUAAACCCAAGUUUAAGAUGCCCGAUUUUGGACUCUCAGAUCCUAAAAUAAAAGGAGAAUUUAGAUCACCAGAGCUUGAAGUGGACUCUCCUGACAUUGAUAUUGAUGGUCCAUCAGGCAAACUCAAAAUGCCCACAUUGAAAGCACCUAAAAUUAGCAUUCCAAAACUUAAAGGACCAGACAUGGAUGUUAAAGGAGACUGGGAUGGGCCAGAUUUGAAUCUGUCAUCACCCAAAUUGAAUGCAGACAUUGGUUCUCCUGAUAUUGACAUCAACGGUCCCAAUGCUAAUUUAAAAGGUCCGAAAACAGACUUCUCAGUCCCAGAUGUUAACUUACCAUCAGGCAAAAUCAAGAAAUCCAAAUUUAAGAUGCCUGAUUUUGGACUCUCGGGACCUAAAGUAAAAGCACCAGAGAUGGAUCUCUCAGCUCCUAAAAUUAAAGGAGAAUUUAGAUCACCAGAGCUUGACCUGAACUGUCCUGACGUUGAUAUUGAUGGUCCAUCAGGCAAACUUACAAUGCCCAAAUUGAAAGCACCAAAAUUUAACAUCUCUGGACCUACAGGAUCACAUUUAGAUGUUAAAGGAGACUGGGAUGAACCAGAUUUGGGAUUCUCAUCUCCCAAACUAAAGCCAGACAUAGGUUCUCCUGACAUUGACAUCAGUGGGCCCAGAGCUAAUUUAAAAGGUCCCAAAACUGACUUACCAUCAGGCAAAAUGAACAUGCCCAAGUUUAAGAUGCCAGAUUUUGGAUUAUCAGGGCCUAAAGUUGAGGGCCCUGAGAUGGACCUCUCAAGUCCUAAAAUUAAAGGAGAAUUCAAUUCACCAAACCUUUCGCUCCCUUCAGGUAAGGUUAAAGGCCCCUCUUAUGAACAGCCAGAGAUUGAUAUCUAUGCACCCGAAUUCAGUACUGAUGUUCCUUCAGGAAAACUUAAAAUGCCUACAUUUGGACUUUUAGGUGUUCCUAAAGGUCCAGAUUUUAAGGUUCCUAAAGUUAAAGGACAAAUUGAUGCCCCAGGGACUGAGUUCACUCUACCUGAAGGUACUCUGAACAGACCAAAAAUAAAUGUGAAGUCUCCUGAUAUGGACAUUGAUGGUCCAACACGUACUGAAGCUAACCUCAGAGCUUCACAUCUGGAGGCAAGUGUGCCUACUGCUAAAAUUAAAGUGCCAUCACCCAAGAGCCCAAGAGGGAACUAUAAAGUGACACAUGGUUUGGAUCUGGAUGACAGUAUUCAGUAUUCUAAUGGUGCUGUAUGGGCUCCUGAAAUUGACACCAUCACAUCGAGCAGUAUGGGACACCCUUCUAAGAAAAAUUUGAAAACUGGAAUCAGAGGCCCAAGUGUUUAUAUAGAUUCAGAGACAAAGAAUCCUAAUCAGCUUGGAAAAACUUCAAAAAGCAGUUUAAAAAUGAGAGAUCUGGAAUCUUUGGUAUCAGGAAUGGAUCUUGAAGUACCAACAGGCACCUUAAAAGGGUCAAAGUUUAAAUUAUUAACACUAGUGUGAUGGAUCCUCAUGUUUAAAAAGGCAAAGAUGAUCUUUGAUGGAGAUUCAAUUGUUCAUAUUUUGUAAAAUGUAUGUUAAUAUGCAUGUGUAUAUAAUUUAAAGGAAACUUGUGCCAUCUGUAAAGGAAAUGGAUUAAAGUUGUAAUUCACCAAAUAAUGGAAAAAUCACAUGAUCAGAUACGUUCUUCAUGAUAUGAAAUGUUUACAUAUUGAUAUGUGAAUAUGUGUGAUUUUUUAAGUGACUUGCUCUUAUAUACUGUAGCACUAUGCAAAGGAACAUUAUACAUUUUGAAGUAAACGACAAGAAACAACAAAAGCAUGAAUUCAGCAUGAAGUAAACUAUCUGAAAUGAAUGUUUGUAUGUGAAUUAUAUUUUCCACAAAUGUUGUCAUUGUUAAGUUAAUUGACAGAUUUUGAAUGUGCUUGUAAAUACUGUCUAAAACAUUGGAAAUGUUAUUGGUGUAAAUGACUUUCUGUUUUUAUAUACAGAAAUUAUUUUUGUAAUGGAAAUAUUUUGUUGGGUUUUUGAGGUUUCAUUUUGUUAACUUGUUGUUCUUUAAUUUUUUUAAAUAUAUUGCUUAUAUGCAUUGUUGUAAAUAACAACUUUAUUAAAAGCUAAAGUUAAAGCAAUUAUAAA